AUGUCCACAUGGCGAGUGCGCCUUCGCGCACUAUCACAGCGUUGGAUGAGCGCGUGCAGGCGGAGCUGCCCGGAGCCGGUGGUUUUUCCGCCGCCCGAGGGCUUGGCGGUGCUGGAGCUGGAGCUGACCCAUGCGCAGGCCAUGAGCAGGAUGAUCCUGACUUGCCACCUGCGUGCAGACAGCGAGAGCCUGGUGUCGCGGCUGGACUGGGUGCCGGCCUACUACGCACCCAGGAAGCGAAACCGCCAGGUGGUUCAUGCGCUCGACUAUGAGGACGCGGACACAGUUUGGCGAACCGCCAGCCGCUUCUUCGCCAUGGAACCUGAAGGCGCUUCUUGCGGAGAGCUGCGCCUGGACCUCUCGGAGAGUUCCAAGAAGUGCAAGGUGGACACCGAGCAGGCGAAAGCUUUGCAGCUUCUACUGGACCCCCGGUGGAACCCGCGGCUGUCGCCGCCGAAAAGCGAUCUGCCGACUGAGUCGGCGAUGUUCGACCCGCCAUGA